AUGGCUUCCGUACAGCCUGCGGCGGCCCCGGGCCAUUUCCCGGGUGCCAGCCUUCCUGCCAACGUGACGCAGCAGCAGAUUAAGGACAUGUACGACCGUUUUAAGCAAAUGAAAGCGAACAACACACCUCCCAACGAUCCAGAGCUCAUCAAGACCCAGCAAUUCCUCAUGGCAUUGCAGCAGCAAUCGCAACUUAGGAAGCAACAGGCACAGCUGCAGAUGCAGCAGAAACAACAGCAGCAGCAGCAACAGCAACAACAGCAGCAACAACAACAGCAGCAGCAGGCCGCGGCUACCAACGGAGGCGUCGUGGGCACCCAAGCCGGACAUAAUAGUUCUCACCCUGGUGCUCAGACAUCCCAGGCCCCUGGAUCCAAUCUGGGUGCUUCUGCUCUACCAUCUGCUUCUGCUGGUGAUGCGCCAGCUCCGGUUGCCGCAUCUCCUGUUGGCCCUCCACCUGGCCAGUUUACGCCUGCCCAUCUUAACCUGCUGAGGCAGCAGAUCCAGGCAUUUAAGAUGUUGUCUAAGAACUUCGGCGUGCCUGUGAACCUGCAGCAGUCCAUCUUCCAGUCUCGCCAGCGGCGGCAGGCUUCAGUUGCGCAGCAGUCGUCUGCCACGCCCACGUCUCAGGGUCCCGGGCCACAAACUCCAAGCAAGGCUGGACCCAACGGCGUCGAAUCCUCUCAGCCCGAGGAGACUGCGUCGGCUCCAAAAGAGCCCAAGUUCAAGAGGCUGCAGCUUCCCGAGAAAAUGUUGCAGCAAACUGUUGGCCUCUUCGAACACGCACGGCACGAUAGCCGGUUGUUCAUCCCGGGCCUGUUCCCCCAUGGCAUUGACUUUGAUCAGCUCAGAGCCGAUCGUGAGAAGAUUGUGUUCAACAGGAUGAGCACUCGAUAUAAUGAGCUGAAGAGUCAGCCUGGCAACUUGGCGCAUUGGGAUACCUCCAAAGAGACCCUCAGUGUUGAUGAUACCCUUAGACGUAAGGCCAUCAUUGAGAUGAAGUCCAUUGCGCUGUACUCAAAACAGAGAGCGUUGCGCGACAGAAUUGGUCGGCAGAUGAUGUGCUAUGACAACCUCGCCAUGACGACAAACCGCAGUUUGUAUCGACGCUUGAAGAAGCAGAAUGUGCGUGAGGCCCGUAUUACAGAGAAGCUUGAGAAGCAGCAGCGGGACGCCAGGGAGAACCGUGAAAAGAAGAAACACGUGGACUACCUUCAUGCUGUUUUCAACCACCGUAACGAGAUCCAAAUAACUGCUCAGGGCCAGCAGAACAGGAUGAGCAAGAUGGGCAAACUGAUGUACAACCAUCACUUCAACAUUGAGAAGGAAGAGCAGAAGCGCAUUGAGCGGAAUGCCAAGCAGCGUCUGCAAGCUCUCAAGGCCAACGACGAAGAAGCUUAUCUCAAGCUUCUCGACCAGGCCAAGGACACGCGUAUUACUCAUCUUUUGCGCCAGACCGACGGCUUCUUGCAUCAACUUGCAUCUUCGGUCAAGGCUCAGCAGCGAGCUGCUGCAGAGCGCUAUGGUGGUGACGUCCAAGAAGAAGAAAGUGAAGAGGAGGAGGAAGAUGAGGAAGACGAGGAGACCGGCGGUCGCAAGAUCGACUACUACGCUGUCGCCCAUCGCAUCAAGGAAGAGGUUACCGAGCAAGCGGACAUCCUCGUUGGCGGCAAGCUCAAGGAGUAUCAGAUCAAGGGCCUCCAGUGGAUGAUCUCGCUCUACAAUAACAACCUCAACGGUAUCCUCGCCGAUGAAAUGGGUCUCGGCAAGACUAUCCAAACGAUCAGUCUGAUCACGUACCUGAUUGAGAGGAAACAGCAGAUGGGUCCUUACCUUGUCAUUGUCCCUCUCAGCACAUUGACAAACUGGAACCUCGAGUUUGACAAGUGGGCCCCUUCUGUGUCCAAGGUCGUGUACAAGGGCCCGCCGAACACUCGUAAGGUGCAGCAGGACAAGAUCCGGCAGGGCAGGUUUCAAGUCUUGCUCACCACAUACGAGUACAUCAUCAAGGACCGCAACAUUCUUAGCAAGAUCAAGUGGUUCCACAUGAUUAUCGAUGAAGGUCAUCGUAUGAAGAACUCCAACUCGAAGCUGAGCGCCACCAUCCAGCAGUACUACUCGACAAGGUUCCGUCUCAUUCUCACGGGUACACCCCUGCAGAAUAAUCUGUCCGAAUUGUGGGCAAUGCUGAACUUCACUUUGCCCAACAUCUUCAAGUCUGCCAAGACCUUCGACGAGUGGUUCAACACUCCGUUUGCCAACACAGGAGGGCAAGACAAGAUGGAGUUGACGGAAGAAGAACAGAUUCUUGUCAUUCGUCGCCUGCACAAGGUUCUGCGUCCCUUCUUGCUUCGCCGCCUGAAGAAAGAUGUCGAGAAGGACCUGCCCGACAAGACUGAGAAGGUCAUCAAGUGCAGAUUCUCCGCACUGCAAUCCCGCCUUUACAAGCAAAUGGUCACUCACAAUAAGAUUGCUGUCAGCGACGGUAAAGGCGGCAAGAGCACUGCGAAGGGUCUGAGUAACAUGAUCAUGCAGCUCCGAAAACUUUGCAACCAUCCAUUUGUCUUUGACGAGGUCGAAAACCAGAUGAAUCCCGCCAGCGUCAGCAACGAUCUGCUAUGGAGGACUGCUGGCAAAUUCGAACUUCUGGACCGCAUCUUGCCGAAAUACCAGGCGACAGGACAUCGUGUACUCAUGUUCUUCCAGAUGACGGCAAUUAUGGACAUUAUGGAAGAUUUCCUCCGUUUGCGGAACAUCACCUACCUUCGGCUGGAUGGUACGACCAAGUCAGACGAACGGUCUGAGCUGCUUCACGAGUUCAACCGGCCAGAUUCUCCUUACUUUAUGUUCUUACUCUCGACGCGUGCCGGUGGUCUGGGUCUAAACCUUCAGACUGCGGAUACCGUCAUCAUCUACGAUUCUGAUUGGAACCCUCAUCAGGAUCUGCAGGCUCAGGACCGUGCCCAUCGUAUCGGACAGAAGAACGAGGUCCGCAUUCUUCGUCUCAUCAGCUCUAGUUCAGUGGAGGAGAAGAUUCUUGAGCGGGCCCGGUUCAAGCUCGAUAUGGACGGGAAAGUCAUCCAAGCCGGUCGUUUCGACAACAAGUCGUCUGAGACCGAUCGUGAUGCCAUGCUCCGGACACUGCUCGAAACCGCAGAUCUGGCCGAAACUGGUGAGCAAGAGGAGAUGGACGACGAAGAGCUCAACAUGAUUCUCGCACGGAGUGACGAUGAACUCAUAAAAUUCCAAGCCCUGGACGAGGUAAGGUUCAAAGAUCCAACCUACGGCACCGCGCCUGGCUGCAAGGGCAUGCCUCGUCUCAUGGCAGAAAAUGAGCUCCCAGACAUCUAUCUCAACGAAGACAACCCCGAUGCUCCGGAGGAGACUGAGGUUUCGCUCGGCCGCGGCGCCCGUGAGAGGACCAAGGUCCGAUACGAUGACGGGUUGACCGAGGAGCAGUGGCUACUAGCUGUCGACGACGACGAAGACAGCCCAGAGGCUGCGGCCGCCAGAAAGCAGGCUCGCAAAGAGCGGCGGGAGGCGAACCGCCUCAAGCGGAUGUCAGGCGUCAACGGCUCUGAAGGAUCCCCGGCUGCUAGUCGCGCCAGUUCCGAAGAGCCAGAACCAGAAGUGGAGACACCGGUCAAGAAGCGAGGUCGCAAGCCCGGCAUCAAGAUCGAGAAGCGAAAGGCCGAAGACGGCGAGGACGAGCCCCCACCAGCAAAGAAGCGACGCGGACCUCAGGGUCGAAAGUCUCUGGGUGCCACAAAUGGUGCGGACGGCAAAGUCAACCCUCAGCAACGGCAAGUACUGCAACGGAGCCUGCGCCAUCUCUAUGACAGCCUGAUGAAGCUUGAGGUCGAUGAUCCGGACCCGGAGCCUGAUGAGGACGAUAAGGACGACGAAGACGACGGUCCGCCCAAGCGCUUGAUUAUUGGACCCUUUAUCAAACUUCCGCCCAAGAGGGACUGGGCAGACUACUACGUCAUCAUCCAGAACCCGAUCGCCAUGACGCAGAUCGAAAAGAAGAUCAAGAAGGAGGAGUACAAGAGCCUGAGUGAUCUCCGCAAGGACGUCGAGCUCAUGUGCAGCAACUGCAGGCUGUUCAAUGACGACGGCAGCCUGAUCCACACUGAUGCCACAACGAUCGAGACCUACUUCUUGGGAGAGUAUCAGAAGCAGCUUCAAGAGCACCCUGAGCUCAACGAGCUUGAGGACUCGUCGUCACAGAAGGACACAUCGGCUGCACCCACCACUAACAGCACGCCCCAGCCGAGGAUCAAGCUGACCAACAACUCGGCGAGCAACACCAACGGGGCCAGCAGCGCUGCCCGAAGCGAGGACGGCGAUGAGUAA